AUGACUCGAUUUUUCGAAUUUUCGGAUGCUUUCACCAAACUUGGAAUUUUCACCGCGUCAAUUUCCAACUUUUUCCUAAUCUAUGUCACUAUAUGGCAUAUCAAACAAAUCCGAGGCACUUAUAAAUACAUGGUCAUCGUUUUCGCUCAAACUGGCGUUGCAUUUGCUGGAUGGGAACUUAUUGCUAGACCAUUUACUCACAACUAUAAUCGAGCGUUUAUUCUAUUCAGUUUGAAUACCUGGAUGGAGAAUUCCGAGUUAUUUCUCCAAAUUUCUGUGUCCGUUUACGCUGGCUUCUAUUUAUUCAUUCUCGUAUUUUUCGCCGAGCAAUUUAUUUUUCGAUACCUGAGUCUGGUGGACCCAAAUAGCACAAAAAUAUUUGGAGGGUUUGGAGUAAUCGGAUGGAUUGGGUACCCACUUGUCUGUGGAGCCAUGUAUAGUUCUUUGCUUAUGUGGGCUGGAGCACCGGAUGAGUUUGCGGAUGAUUAUUUGAGAGAAACGUUUCUUGAUGUCUAUGACAUGGAUAUUUCUACAACUCCUCGAUUCAUUUUCGUUCCUUUUACAUCCGACUACUCUCUCCGAUGGCGAAACCUCAGUUUUAUGAUUGGUGGUGGAUUCCUUUUAACCUCCCAAUAUUUUAUUAUCAUGUUCUGUGGAAUUCGAAUGCAUCUGGCUAUGAAACAGGAGCUCGGCAACUUUUCCGUUCCGAAUCGACGUCUUCAAAAACAAUUUUUCCGAGCAUUAAUCAUCCAAACUCUGGUACCAACUUGUCUUUUUGUGCUACCAGCGCUGCCAAUUCUACUUGGACCUUUAUUUGAUUUCGAAUGGAACAUGCAAACUGGAGGUAUCAUUGCUCUACUCAGUGUCUAUCCGCCGAUUGAUACAUUUGUUUUUAUGCUGAUUGUUGCAGAAUAUAGGCGAGUCAUUUCUAGAUGGAUCUGGAAGCCGAAAGUGAUAUCCGUGAAGUCUACAGAAGUUUUUGCAUUGAACUAA